CUCGCCAGUCUGCCUGGAUAUUUACACCGCCGGUGUUGUUAACGUAGCAGCUUAGCCACAAUGAUGGCUCUUCUGGAUCUUGCCAUGCAAGGUUUCUCUAUAUUUGGAUUCAUUCUAUUUCUGGUACUCUGGUUUAUGCAUUUCAUGUCCAUCGUCUAUGUCCGACUCUAUCUCAAUAAGAAGAGCGGUGACAAGCAGCCCUACAGUAAGCUGUCGGGGGUCUCUCUACUGAAGCCUCUGAAAGGAGUAGACCCCAACCUCAUCAAUAACCUGGAGACUUUCUUUGAGCUCGACUACCCCAAGUUUGAGAUCCUACUCUGUGUACAGGACCAUGACGACCCAGCCAUUGAUGUUUGUAAAAAGCUUCUAGGAAAAUAUCCCAACGUUGAUGCUCGGUUAUUUAUAGGAGGAAAGAAGGUCGGCAUCAACCCCAAGAUUAAUAACCUGAUGCCGGGUUAUGAAGGGGCCAAGUAUGACCUCGUGUGGAUCUGCGACAGCGGAAUACGAGUGAAACCGGACACUCUGACCGAUAUGGCCAAUCAGAUGACUGAGAAGGUGGGGUUGGUUCAUGGCCUUCCCUACGUGGCCGACAGACAGGGCUUCGCUGCUACACUGGAGCAGGUGUACUUUGGCACGUCCCACCCACGCUCCUACAUCUCAGCCAACGUGAUGGGUAUUAAGUGUGUGACAGGGAUGUCAUGUUUGAUGAGGAAAGAUAUCUUGGACCAGGCUGGAGGGCUCAUAACCUUCGCUCAGUACAUCGCCGAGGACUACUUUAUGGCGAAGGCCAUCGCUGACAGGGGAUGGAAAUUCUCCAUGGCAACGCAGGUAGCCAUGCAGAACUCCGGGUCCUAUUCAGUUGCUCAGUUCCAGUCCCGUAUGAUCAGAUGGGCCAAGCUUCGUAUCAACAUGCUCCCCGCCACCGUCUGUGAGCCCAUCUCAGAGUGUUUCGUAGCCAGCCUGAUCAUUGGCUGGGCAGCACAUCAUGUGUUCCACUGGGAUAUUAUGGUCUUCUUCAUGUGCCACUGUCUGGCGUGGUUCAUCUCUGAUUACAUCCAGCUCCGAGGAGUUCAGGGCGGUGCGCCGGCCUUCUCCAAACUGGACUACGCUGUAGCCUGGUUCAUCAGAGAGUCCAUGACCAUCCAGAUCUUCUUGUCGGCCCUGUGGGACCCCACCAUCAGCUGGCGAACGGGGCGCUACAGGUUACGAUGUGGGGGUACGGCCGAGGAGAUCCUGGAUGUAUAGCUACCAGCUUAAGGCCACCUACAGGGACACAUAACCCGAGUCCUAUCACCCCCAGGGGCCAGAGACAAUACCAGACACAGACUGAUCAGCAUCCCUAUAUAGCCAACUACUUUUGACCAGGGCCCACACUUGCCCAUAUUUUUCUGCUCUGGUUUAAGGUAGUGCACUAUAUAGGGAAUAGGGUUCCAUAGGGCUCUGGUCUAAAGUAGUGCACUAUAUAGGGAAUAGGGUGCCAUAGGGCUCUGGUCUAAAGUAGUGCACUAUAUAGGGAAUAGGGUACAAUUUGGUAUACGGUCAGAGAGAGAUGGCAACAUUGAGUGGAAGAAAAUAAACUACCAGCUGUCGGUGUGACUGAUAGAAGGAAACUACCAGCUGUGGGUGUGACUGAUAGAAGGAAACUACCAGCUGUGGGCGUGACGAGAAGGAAACUACCAGCUGUGGGCGUGACUGAUAGAAGGAAACUACCAGCUGUGGGCGUGACGAGAAGGAAACUACCAGCUGUGGGCGUGACGGCUAGAAGGAAACUACCAGCUGUGGGCGUGACUGAUAGAAGGAAACUACCAGCUGUAGGCGUGACUGAUAGAAGGAAACUACCAGCUGUGGGCGUGACUGAUAGAAGGAAACUACCCGCUGUGGGCGUGACGGCUAGAAGGAAACACCCUUUAUGGGCGUGGCGGCUAGAAGGAAAUGGGUGUGGCGGCUAGAAGGAAACACCCCUUAUGGGCGUGGCGGCUAGAAGGAAACACCCCUUGUGGGCGUGGCGGCUAGAAGGAAACACCCCUUAUGGGCGUGGCGGGUAGAAGGAAAUGGGUGUGGCGGCUAGAAGGAAACACCCCUUAUGGGCGUGGCGGCUAGAAGGAAACACCCCGUAUGGACGUGGCGGCUAGAAGGAAACACCCCUUAUGGGCGUGGCCGCUAGAAGGAAACACCCCUUAUGGGCCUGGCGGCUAGAAGGAAACACCCCUUAUGGGCGUGGCGGGUAGAAACCGUCAUAUGGUAUUCGUAGUGUUUGAUGGUUUUUAACCUGUGUGUUGAAAUAUAGCAUUUAUUACUAAUGCCUUUUCUGUCUACCAUCCAAACUGUUGAAAACCAAGGUCCUCCUGUCGUGAAGUGAGCCCUACGUCCCAAAUUACACCCUAUUUCUCAUUUAGUCUUGAUUCUAUACUCAAUAUUGUUUUAAUGUGAAAACUUAAGGUCCAAUCCUAGGAAUUCUCUUUGUUCCAUUUUUGGGUUUAUUGGUCAGGUUUUCAAGCACCGUGGUCUUUCUGCUGUGAGAUUGCUGGCUAUUUUCAACAGACUGGAUGCGGCGCAAAUGGCACCCUAUUCCCUGUGUAGUGUACACCCUAUUCCCUGUGUAGUGUACACCCUAUUCCCUAUGUAGUGUACACCCUAUUCCCUAUGUAGUGUA